AUGUCAUCGUCUCAUCUCUCCGCAAUGGCCGGCGUCAGACGCUCGGUGUGGAACUCCAGAGCUGCCCAUCCCAGGGUCGUCCAAAUGGAGCUCCUCACUCACCAGCUCGCCUGUCAAGACUACAGCGUCGACAUCCUGCGACACCUCAUCGAUAUCGAGCAAAACAGCAGACCCUGCCUUGCCAGUUUCCAAGCACAGCCCGAAAUCAACACCCACAUGCGUUCGCUCAUCUUUGACUUUGCCAUGUGUUGUCACACCAGACUGGCGUUGUCGUCUUCCACACUAUUUCUGUGCUUCAGCGUCAUCGACCGCUAUUGCAGCCGUAUCGUCGUCAAAAGCUCCACAUACCAACUCGUUGCUCUUUGCAGUCUGUGGCUGGCAUCCAAAUAUACCGACAAGAAACCUCGUGUGCCAUCCUUGCGGUCACUUCAAAAUUUGUGCUGCUCCCAGUAUUCUCGUACUCAGUUCCAGGAAAUGGAGCUUCACAUCUUGAAGGCUCUCAACUGGACGCCAUGUAACGCUCCGCCACACGAUGCGUUUGUCGAUAUCCUUUUAAAAAAUAAGAUAAGCUCUUUGAGUUACCGUGGCCUCAACAUCAAUGACCUCAAAUACGCUAGUUGUGUGUUGUGUGAACUUGCCUGUUUCGAUCACGUCCUGGCGUUUGAUUGCAAUGCUAGUGCCGUAGCGCUUGCCGCGGUCACGGUCGCAACACAUGCUUUACGUCUGUCCGUUGAUGGCGAGUUUUUGCAUUACUCCACAAUGCUCAAGGAUGUGAAUCUACAACGCGUUUGUGGUCUUAUCUUGCGGAAACUGCGCACACGCAACUUUCCCUCAAGUUUCAAACUCAAAUAUUUCGGUCAAAACUCGGUAGAAUCCAAUCCGACUAUCAAAAGUUUAAUCGAAUACGACCAAGCCAUUUGUCCUCCAACGCCAAUUUCUGCGUCUUUGAACUCCAUGAAUCCAGGUUUUCCAGGUCCUCAAAAUUGCGAUUCCUCAGUAGCAUACACCGUUAGGCCACCCAACCGCGCAACUUUCCAAACAUUCAGGUCCCCGCUUGCCAAUGUACCGCCCACGCCAAGCACGCCCUCUUCGAUAGGAUUGAAAAACCACGCCCGAGCGGCUAGUUUUAUGGAAACACCACAAUCAUCUGCAUCUCCAAAUCCAACGAAGCCCGUGAAUCCGGCAGCGUACUUGGCUAAGAGUACAACCGGUCCACCGACCACUACCAUGCUCAAGAGAUCCGAUUCGAAGCGCAACUCUGCAUACAUGGACAUGGAUUUUUUCGACAUGGCUGAAGUAACCUGUAAACGUCCAAGAUAA